AUGGCAAAGAGACAGUACGAUCUUCUCUUCAAAUUGUUGUUGAUUGGAGACAGUGGAGUCGGAAAGACAUGCAUUAUGUACCGCUUUUGUGACGAUGCCUUCAAUACAACUUUUAUUUCUACUAUUGGCAAGCUCUGUUUCAUUAGAUUUAUUUCGAUUUUUAGGCAUUGAUUUCAAAAUAAAAACGAUCGAAUUGAAAGGGAAGAAGAUAAAGCUCCAGAUAUGGGAUACGGCUGGACAAGAGCGAUUCCAUACAAUCACUACGUCCUAUUACCGGGGAGCUAUGGGAAUCAUGCUAGUUUAUGACAUUACAAAUGCCAAGAGUUUCGAUAAUAUCGCCAAAUGGCUUCGGCAGAUCGAUGAUGUAAGUCCUUUACUUUUUUUUCUGUAAAAUUUUACUUAAUUAAUGUUUUCAGCAUGCCUCAGAAGAUGUUGUGAAGAUGAUACUGGGAAACAAAUGCGAUAUGACUGACCGGAGAGUUGUCUCGAAGGAAUGCGGAGAAAGGAUUGCCAUAGAUCACAGUAUUCGUUUCCUGGAGACGUCAGCCAAGGCCAAUAUCAACAUUGACAAGGCCUUCUAUGAUCUGGCCGAAAUUAUCUUGGACAAUGUAAGUCUUAUCCUUCUCAAUUGUUUCUAGAAUAAUUUUGUUCGUUUUAAAUACCGUUUACACUGGCUUUCUUUCAGUUGCCAAGUUCAAACUCGAAUGAGCCUAGUGGAAUUAGACCGGCAGUUCAAGAAGGUCAAGGCGGUCGUGCGGGUUGUUGUUAA